GUUUCUGCGGUUGCUGAGAUAGUUAUAACUACGGAAUAUGAAAUGUUUUGGUUGUAGGGUACAUGGUCUGCGUAUAUUGCCAAAACGCGGCGUGUAUUAAUGGUGGCGGGUGGCUUUGGUAGAAUGCGAUUUCACCCGCUGUAAAUGUGUCAGGCGUUUGCCGUCUCACUUUUAGAAAUAAGAAAACAGAAGCAGACUAUGAAGCAAGAUUCAACAAGUAAUGCCACCUACACAGUGGACUGUGAAGAUUAUGUGCAUGUAGUAGAAUUUAAUCCCUUUGACUCUGGGGAGGCAGGCUCUUUACUAGCUUAUGGUGGAAUUAGUUAUGUCGUUAUUGCAUCUUGCAGGUUUCAGGAAGAAGAUUCUGCUGUAGAAGGAAUAGAGUUUAAGACCCUAAAAACCUUCCAUCAUGGAGAAAGAGUGGUUGCUAUAGCCUGGAGUCCAGAAACACGAUGUGAUGCUUUACUUCCUCUACUGAGGUUUGCCACUGCAGCUGGUGAUAAAAAAAUAAGGAUCUUUACAUCAGAUUUCCAGGACAAAAAUGAGUAUAAGGUUAUUGAAGGCCACUCUGGAUACAUAAAUGACUUGGUAUUUUGUUCUGCAGAAGGCAGUGAUAUUGCAAGCGUUGGCGAUGACCACACAUGCAGGAUUUGGGAUUUGGAUGGAAAGCAAAUUGCAAUGUUUGUUCUACGUUCCCCUGGUAUGAGUGUGGCUUGGCAUCCAGAAGGAGCAUUUAAGCUAAUGGUAGCGGAGAAGACAGGCACUAUUCGUUUCUAUGAUUUGACUACACACCAGGCAAUACUGUCUCUCGAGUCAGUGCAGGUGCCUCUGAUGUCUGCAGAUUGGUGCAUUAGGAAUACUUUAAGAAUUGGGGCUGUUGCAGGAAAUGACUGGAUAAUCUGGGAGAUGCCUCGUUCUAGCUAUCCACAAGAUAACAAGCCAGCCCAUGCUGACAGAGCAAGACUGUUCAGAUGGUCGAAAUGCAACGAGAAUGUAUUUGCAACCACUGGGUAUCCAGGAAAGAUGAAAAGUCAGAUAGCUAUUCACCACUUGGCACACCCUCAGCCGAUUCUUAUUGGGACUGCCCCUGUGGGAUCUGGACUAAGCUGGCACAGAAGACUCCCUCUUUGUGUUGUGGGGGGAUACCGCAAGCUAUUCUUCUGGCUCACAGAAAUGUAAAAAAAAAAAAAUAACCUUUACUGUAACGGUUUCUAAAAUGUUUUUUUGUAAAUGUAACUUCUUGGACAGGGCAUGAUUAUGUUCAUCUACAAUCUGUCUUAUUUAAUGUUUUGGUCUUCAAAACAAAGGAUAUGAAUGGACCUAAAUAACCAACACCACUCGUUCAGAACACUGAUAUAAUUGUCGCUUUAAUUUAUGAGCAAAGUUGUAGGUCAUGAGGCACCUUCUGUACCCAUAACUAAUUUCUUAGGCCCCUUAAGACACUUACAUGGAGCCAAGACAAACUACUCCAUAAGUCCAAGGUGAUUAAAGUUGCCUUUACAUAUUACAUUUUUGUUCAAAUGAAAAAUUGCAUACUGACUUUCCAGGAAGAACAUUUUUCAUAAAGUGCUGCAAAUAGACUAAAUCUAUAUGCUGAAGAUCAGUGACAGCAAGUUUUAUAGCUGCACAGGGAGGACAUUGAUAGGGGAACAUAAUGCUGAAAAAGUACACACGGCUUUAGUACUGAGAAUAUCUUGCCAAAGCCCUGAAUGAAAAACAUUACUGUCGACUACCAACAUCAGUAGCUGUUAAAGAACAAUGGCUUUUUCUGUUAAUAUGUACAUAUGUGCAUAUACAACAUAUUUUUUGGUCUUUAUAGGCUUAUAAACUUAAUUUUUAUAUAAAAACUUGUUUAUUUUUUA